GAUACGCGGGUAUAAUAUAAUAUUAUCCUCCGGUGGCAGUCUGUAGCGUUUGUCAUUCGACGGCGCACAUGCCUCGUUAACGCUGGCCGCUUGAAACUGGUUGUUAACUGUGUUGUUGAGCGAGAGGAUCGCCGACGCGUCGCGCCAACGCUCGAGAUCGAGAAAGAGAAAAAUAGGAGAGACGAGGAGGACAGAUUGGUGAGGGAAGAGAGCCACAGGAGGAGUCAUGUCCGACUUGGACGACGAGACCGACACUUCCUGCGGGGAGGAGCAGAUCAUCUCGGACUGGGAGGUCCAGAAAGAUUGGCUUGAGAGCAUAUUGUCCAAAUAUCACGACGGAAGAUCGGUCGAGGUAUUGAAAUUCUGCGUGAGUCCCGGAUGCGCGACCAGCGAGAGCGCGUUGAGCGCGAUCACCAACGUGACGGGAAGUUAUCUGCUUGGGUCGACGACGGAUCCGACGGACAAACCGUCGGAGAAGCACAAACUAUCCGUUAUCAUCAAGCAACUACCUAGAGAUCCGUUCAGUCGCUUUUUCGUCACGGAAGGCCAAUUCGAUCUUCGCGAGAUUAAAUUUUACACACAGGUGAUGCCAGAUCUGAAGGCGUUCAAUCAGAGACAACUGGGACCCAGUCCGGAGGAACCGAUUGUGCUACCGGUCCCGGAAUGUUACCACGCUCAUUACAGUCCCGCAAGUGGUACCGACGACAGUCCUAUACCGUCGGAAUCUAUAUUGGUAUUGGACGAUCUGGGCGCCUCGCGAUUCGAGAGCAUCAAGUUCUCGGAAGGACUGACACUGGACCAAGCGACGGUCGCGCUUGACGCCAUCGCGCGCAUACACGCUCAUUCGCUGUCGAUGAAAGUCGUGGACGGAGAGUCUCUGUCCGAGCGUUAUCCGUUUCUCUUCCAAACGGCAAAAGCUACCGAUUCCUAUCAACAACUGGUGGAACGCGGUUUGCCGCAGUUAGCGCACUUCUUGGAAACCAGACCGGGACUGGAGGCGGUGCUCGAGACGCUGCUGGUUCUACGACCUCGUACCAAAGACAUAAUCUCGGCGCUUCUCGCUCCGGAAGGUCCGUUAGCGCUGAUAACCCACACCGAUUUCUGGAGCAAUAAUCUACUGUUCAGAGAUACUUCCGGAACGUCCGAGUGCUACAUCCUCGAUUGGCAGAUGGUCACCUACAGCCGACCUACGAACGAUGUUGCAUUGCUGUUGGUGAGUUCGGUGCCCACCGAGUUACGGCGCAAGCACACCGAAUCGCUCUUGGACACGUACUGGAACAAGCUAAACUGGACGUGCUCGCGUCUCGGCCUAAACAUUCCCAAGGACCUGGGUUAUACCAGAGAAGAUCUCGACAAGGACUACAGAAAGUCCCAAUUGCUGGCGCUUUUACUUUGUAUCGGAUCGGUGGACGUUGCACUCGGCGAUCCGCUUACGGAGCAGCGACUUAUCGACGUGCUCGAGGAUCUUUACAACGACGGCGUUCUAAUAGACGAGUCCGUCGUCGCGACGAAUGGAGCCGAUCAUUAAUUACCGCUGCCACCGUUAAUGUUAGCGCAUGCACUGAAUAAUUUUAAUAUAUUUCUAUCCGGGCUGUGACUCGAAGCGAAGAAACACACGUGAGGAAUAGAACACACACCACACCUCCGAUAGCCCAUUCGUAGCUUUCGAAGACGCAAUCUUUUUUGUGUUCUCACAAUUCGAAGGAGGCUUUAGACACCGGCAAAUGACACGAAAAAAAAACAGGAACGACGAAGAAGAUAUAAAUUUACGAAGAAACACGUCGGAAGAAUAUAGCGGACGUUUAGAAAAACUUGUGUGCUCUUAGAUUUUCUUCUCUUUGCGACGAGAUAUCGUAGAUAAGAAAAUUGAUCGAGAUCGCGAAAUAUUUUAAACGGCACGAUAUAUGUAAAACACAUGUCUUAGGUAUAAAAAAAAAAAAAAAAAAAAAAUCAAUGUGAACUUUUAACACAUAUUAUAUCGAAAAAGUUAAAAAUGAUUAUUGACUAAAUCGUGCAAGAAUCAUCAUCUUGCCAAUUCGAUGAAAGUUCUCGAAGAUAAAAGUAAGAUAAAAAUCGGAAUCUUUUUUCUAAGAUAAGCACCAUUAGAGAGAGAGAGAGAGAGAGGAGGAACAGUGAUUACUCUUAUCAAACAAUGAUUUUUCUUAAUUGGGUUUUUUGCUCAGAUAAUUGCCGACAAACAUCUUUAAUGUGCGCUGUGCCAAGUCGUUGAGGGAUUUAGGCAAAUAGAUGUGAUACACAAUUACUCUAGAAAUCAACUAGAUUGGUGAUCGAUGUUAUAGGGCAUGCGUCAAAGUUAUAUAGAAUAUUUUCGAGAUAUACAUAAAAAAAAAAAAAAAAA